AUGUCGACAUCAAGUCUUUCAAAGACAAAUAGCGUCGAGCAUAAAGAGAAUGAACCAAGUUCUGAGACUCAUUCCUUUUUAGGAAUGAGAGGUAAUAGGUUGAACUUUUGUGUUUCUUGUAUUGCUGGACUUGGAUUCUUACUUUUUGGGUAUGACCAAGGAGUUAUGGGUUCUUUAUUGACUUUGAAAUCAUUUCGUAAGACAUUCCCUUCUAUCGAUACUAAAGGAGAUGGUGAUGCAACACUUCAAGGGGCAGCGAUUGCUUUGUACGAAAUCGGUUGUAUGUUUUCUGCCUUAUCAACCAUUUAUUUGGGAGACAAGUUAGGCCGUUUGAAAACAAUUUUUCUUGGUGCUACUAUUAUGAUGGUGGGUGGUGCAUUGCAGUCUUGUGCGUAUACAUUAGCACAUUUGAUUGUUGCAAGAAUUAUAACUGGGCUAGGUAAUGGUUUCAUUACGGCUACAGUUCCUGUUUGGCAAGCAGAAGUUGCAAAACCUGAGAUGAGAGGUAAAUUAAUCAUGAUGGAAGGAUCUCUUAUUGCUUUAGGUAUUACGAUAAGUUACUGGGUUGAUUUUGCAUUUUACUUCCUUGAUGGAUGGGACACGAUUAAUCAAGUCAGUUGGAGAUUUCCUGUUGCAUUUCAAUGUAUUUUCCCUAUAAUUAUUCUUCCAUUAAUUUUAAAGUUUCCAGAAUCACCAAGAUGGCUAUUAAAGAGGAAAAGGCAAAAAGAAGCCAGGAUCGUUUUUUCGGCUUUGUAUGAUUUACCAGAAAAUGAUCCUUUAGUUAAUGAUCAAAUCACCGAAAUCCAACAAGCUAUCGAUCUUGAAAUUAGCCAAGGUGCUGAAAAUUUUAAUAUGAAAGACUUGUUGAAACAAGGAGAAGCCAGGAAUUUCCAUAGAACUGUUCUUGCUGCUUGUUCUCAAAUGAUGCAGCAAAUUACUGGUAUUAACCUUAUUACGUACUAUGCAGGAACAAUUUUCGAAAACUACAUUGGAAUGGACCCAUUACAAUCAAGAAUUUUGGCUGCUUGUAAUGGUACUGAAUAUUUUUUAGCGUCAUUGUUAGCGUUCUAUACUAUAGAAAGGUUUGGGAGAAGAAAUUUAAUGAUUUAUGGUGCUUUAGGUCAAUCUUUCUGUAUGGCAAUUUUGACUGGCACAAACUGGAAGGCUGAUGAAGCCAAGGAUACGCAUGCUGGCACUUCUGCUGGUAUUGCCGCGGCAGUGUUCCUCUUUUUGUUUAACACUUGUUUUGGUAUGUCGUAUUUAGGGGUUACAUGGCUCCUUCCUCCAGAAUUAUUGCCCUUACAAAUUAGAGCACCUGGUGCCGCUAUAUCUACUGCAACUAACUGGGCAUUUAAUUUUAUGGUGGUAAUGAUAACCCCAGUUGCGUUCAGUAGUAUUGGCCCUUACACUUACACUAUUUUUGCUGCCAUUAAUUUGUUAAUGGUACCAACUGUUUACUUCUUAUAUCCUGAAACUGCAGGUAGAAGUUUGGAAGAAAUGGAUGUCAUUUUUAACCAAACUCCAGUUAUGCAACCAUGGAAGGCUGUUCAAGUAGCAAAGGACUUACCAUUUAUGCACGCUGGUGUGCGUGAUCCUGAAAAAGGCCCUACUACGAGUCAUUUUGAACAUGCUUCUGCUACUUCAAGUAUAAAACAAAAUGGCGAAGAUGCAGAGGUUUUGUAG